AUUUUGUUUAACUAUUCCGAAUGUAGAAACCCAACUUGAUUUUAGUUUAGUCAGUUUGCUGUUUUAAAAUAUAAAUAAUUUUAUUUGUGUGUAAUGUCAACGGUAUAUGAGCUGGCAAACUGCAAUAAAUCAGAGCAAAAAUGCGCAUCUGCAUGGUAUCGGACUUUUUCUAUCCCAGCAUUGGCGGCGUCGAAGAACAUGUUUACAAUCUCUCCCAAAUGCUGCUCGCAUUGGGACACAAGGUUGUUGUUUUGACGCACGCUUACGGAGAUUGCAGCGGCAUUCGAUAUGUGACGAAUGGCCUGAAAGUUUAUUACCUGCCCAUAAAGGUCUGCUACAAUCAGUGCAUCCUGCCCACUGCCGUCUGCAAUGUGCCUAUGCUGCGCGCUGUGCUGCUGCGCGAGCAAGUUGACGUAGUCCAUGGCCAUUCGGCGUUUAGCGCCCUGGCUCACGAAGCUUUAAUGGUGGGCGCGCUGCUCGGACUGAAGACUGUCUUCACGGAUCACAGCUUGUUUGGCUUUGCUGAUCUCUCUGCUGCCUUAACGAACAAACUCUUGGAAAUCACGUUGAGUAUGGUGAAUCAUGCUAUCUGCGUCUCACACAUAGGCAAGGAGAACACCGUGCUGCGUGCCUGUGUUGCGAAGCAUCGUGUCUCUGUCAUACCCAAUGCUGUGGACACGGCGCUCUUCACCCCCGAUCCUUCACAGAGACCCAAAAAUGGGGUCAUAAACAUAGUCGUUGCCUCGCGCUUGGUCUACCGCAAGGGCAUCGAUCUGCUGGCAGGGGUGAUUCCUCGCUUUAAGAAUACCCCUAAUAUAAACUUCAUUAUUGUCGGGGAUGGCCCAAAGCGGGAUCUUCUGGAGGAGAUUCGCGAGAAGACGAAUAUGCAGGACCGAGUCGAGAUUCUGGGCGCUGUGGAGCAUGCCAAGGUGCGAGAUGUCCUUGUGCGUGGUCACAUCUUUGUCAACACUUCCCUGACGGAGGCAUAUUGCAUGGCCAUAGUGGAGGCCGCUAGCUGUGGCCUCCAAGUGGUGUCCACCAGUGUGGGUGGCAUUCCCGAGGUGCUGCCCAAUAACCUAAUACUGCUUGCUGAGCCGGACAUAGAGGCAAUCUAUGGGGCGAUAUUGGUGGCCAUAGAUCGGCAUCGCAGCACUUGCAUCACGACGGGAAUAGAGAACAGCACUAGGAGACCGAGGCCGAAAGUUGGAAAUGGUGCAGGAGCAGCUGUUAGAUUAACAGGUGGAGCAGGGAACGAUGCCCCGGGAGGAAAAGACUCUACAGGAGCAAUAGGAGGUGCAGCGGCUUCAACUGCCAAUCAGGCGGAGCCUGUUCUCUGUCCGCACAGAUGCAACGAGCUGGUGGAAACUCUCUACAACUGGGAGGACGUUGCCCAGCGCACAGUCAAGGUCUACGAUCGUGUGCUAAGGGAACGCGCCUUUACGCUCAGCGAACUGAUCUAUUCGGUCUACCAGUGUGGAGCCUGGUUUUUGGCGUUCCUAGUGGUAGGCCACUUUACGUUGCGCCUGAUGGAUCGCUGGCGGCCCCGCAGUCGCAUUGAGUUUGCCCACGAGGCCAGACGAAAGCCUUGAUAAUGCUACAUACAUGUGUUCCACUAGAACUUCCAAUUCAUUGUUAGUAUUGGUUAUAGAUAAUUUGUCAAUUAGUUCAAAUAUACCAAGGAAUUCGCUAUAAAAUUUUCUGAUAAGAUA